AUGUUGAAAGCGGCAUCAUCGGGGCUGCUGUCGGUCCGCAGCUGGCGACCCGCCGGGCUGCGCGUUCUUGAAUGGUGCGCUGACAGCUGCUGCUUCUCUUCGUCUCAGCAGUCUGUGGGGACUCUUUUGGCAGAAAAAAGGGGAAACAAACUCAAAAUAAAUUCAAAAAAAGAGUUAUUUGAGGAGGCAGUGGGGGCAGAAUGUUCAUCAAACGACGUGGGCGCAAAAGGCAGCCAGCGGUGGGGAGAAGACGCAGCAGCAGCAACUGCUGCUGCUGCUGCAGCAGCUCCUGCCGCUCCCGCUGCAGCCCCUGCAGCAGACGCUGCAGCAGCUGCGGAUGACUGGAUCUACGAGGCCAAGCCUGGGGGCCGCCUGCACUUCGAGGCGCACAAGCGGCUGAUGAUGCUCGCAUCCUCACCUGCAGCAGCAGCAGCAGCGGCAGCAGCAGAAAGGCCACCGUCAGCAGCAGCAGCAGCAGCUGCUGCUGCUGCUGGCCCGGGGGAGCCACUGAACGCCUGGGGAGUGCCCCUAGUUCGCUACCUCCCUGCUGCUGAGCGUCAGCAGCAGCAGCAGUGCGAGCUGGGGCUGCUGGUGAGGCGCCAGUGCAUGCAAGCUGCUGCAGAGUUUGGGUCUGCUGCAGAGCGUUCUGGGGUGUACAGACACCUCAGGGAGCCCGCUGCGGAGCCGCAGGACGCUGCACUUGCUGCCAGCUUCAGAAGUGCAGAAAUGAAAUCUUAUUUGCUGUUUUUGGCUCCCCAUCUUCCUUCAUUGGAGCUGCAGUGGGUCAUUUCGGGCUUCCUCUCCGUGCAUUUGCGCCACAUGGACCAGCAGCAGAUGCAGCACCUGCUGCAGCUGCUGCUGCUGCAAGAGCGGCCGCCAGCAGCAGCAGCAGCAGCAGCAGCAGCAGCAGCAGCAGCAGCGAGCGCAGCAGGCUCUCAGGCACGCCCAAAGUGCUCUUGUGGGCAAACGCGCUGCUGCUGGGGCCGCCAUCGGGUGAAGGGCAACAGCAGCAGCACGCGCUGCAGCAAGAUCAACAGCAACAGCAGCAGCAGCAGCAGCAGCGGGACCGACAGCCACAGCAGUGGCACUGACAGUGACAGCCCCCGCAGCGACAGCAGCAGCAGCAGCAGCAGCAGCGGGAGCUGCUGCUGCGACGGCUUGACAGCAGCCACCCUAGCGGACCUGCUGCGCUGCCGCGGCCCUCGCUGUGUGCCCCCUUGCUUGCGGGGCAAUAGUGCUCUUCGUCUUUUGUUUAGUUUUAUAAAUUCUGAUCAUCCUUUGCUUUCUUUUUUGCCGCCUCCUGGAGGUCUGCCUGCCGACUGA